AAUAACUUGUUGGCGGCCACUAAAAUGGCAGAUAGAUUAACCAGGGUGAUCAAUUUGGCUUCGAAGGUCUCUGCCUUCGUUAUUCAGGAAACUUCACCAAGAUUAAUUAAGUUUCGAGAAUAUGCAAGGGUGGAACUAAGGCCACCAACACAAGCGGAUCUCAAGCCAGCAGUCGAACAAGCAACAAAACUGAUUUGUGCAUUCAAAAGUGGUGCUUGGAAAAAUGUUUCCGUUAAGGUAUAUAUUGAUGCACUCUUAUUUAUUUUCAGGAAGGGCUUGUUAAUGCUGUAGUGACAGCGGAAGUACUCUGUUGGUUUUUCAUGGGGGAAAUGAUUGGACGAAGAAGCUUUCUAGGAUAUAGUCGGGUUCCAUAUGCCUAUAUAAAGCACCACUAGUCUGCUUUAUGCAUGGGGAGCACAUCUUUUUAUAGAACUAUUUAGAAAUUACAGCUCACGAAAUAAACAAAGAUGUUUUAUCUCAGUAGUUCUGUAAAGUACUUCCAAGUAAACCAUGGAUUACUUAUUCUUGUAUACCUAUUCUCUGUCUCCUCAAACUGCGUCAUCCGGCUAAAAGUAUUGCUAAUAACAACCAUACUAGAAAAAAAGCUGCCAAAUGUUUUGCUUAAUUUCCAUGUAUGUAUCGCACCAAUCAAAUUACCGUUAAGGUAUUUUAUGUGACUCCAGUGGUGUGGUGCAGAUUCCAACUUUAUUUCAGUCUCUGUCAGUGUAUAGGUCUUGUCUUAAAUAGUUUGAGGAGAUCCAUAUCGAUUAUCUUUGUUAGGCCUAAUAUUUUAUCUUCGAUAUGAAAACCGGACCAAGCUGAAGAAUGAGCCGUAAUUUAUUUUGAAUGUUCCCAGUCAACAGCAGCAAAUUCGUUUGUUCGUAAAGAACGUUUAUUAUAUAAUGUGCCUUUAAAAAUGCUUACUACUGACGUUAAAAGUCCAAGUGGUUUUGUAAAGGUUCCACAUUAACCGUUGUCCAAGCCCGAAGUUUUAACCUAGAUGGUUAGUGCCAAAUGCAUUCCUACUUGCUUAGGAUGUGUUGUUAUAAUGGUGGUAUUUGUUAUUACAUCGGCUUUUGAAUUCGGAUCAGGAAAUCAAUAAGACUCACAUCCCACAGAAUAUUUGGUAGUGGUUCCUUGUACAGUAGGAUUGUUUGAAACUCCUGCCUAAUAUUCGAGCGAUUCCCAGGUGUGUUUCGAAAACCAAAUGUGGAGAUGAUACUUACUAGCUUCCUAAACACAAUUAGUGAUUGACAAUGUGCCACUGAUGCGUCACUCUGUAUUUCAUUUUUUUUCAUAUUAGUAGCGUUGUUCACAUGUUUCUGCUCCUUGAAGAAAAGCUUGCUUUUCCUUCGUAGGGACUUUUACAUUUUGUUGCCGUUGUACGUAAAAAUACAUUCAAGUCUUUGAUGCGCAAUGACUUGGAAAUAUACUAUAUUCAAAUGGAACCGACUACUGGAGAUUUUUUUGUUGCCUAUCAGUAUAAACGGUUGAGUUACGUGUUGCGAGUCAGUUUGGUUUGGUGACCAUCAUGCACACUGAAAAUUUUUGGUCCUCAGAAUGUAAAACUACAGUACCAAAUCGUGGAGUUUCUAAAUAGUAAGUACUCGAAGCUAGUGGAAUUCUGGCAAUGUGAAUCAAUGGUUACUUUCUGAUUUGCGCCGACUUUCCCUUUUACCACAUAUGAGGUAUAACAGCUUGGCAGUGUGACAAAAAUUACAUGUAUCAUCCGAGUUAACUUACUGAAUAAAUGAUAAAAUCAGAUGACUGUGAAUAGAUGUCACGAGGAAUUAGAUUUGUAAAUUUUCUUGACUCUACAAACAGAUUACAAACAAGCAUUGGAUUUUGUGGACAAUGUAGAAUUUUAAUUGUUUAAAUUACGAACUGAUCGUAGAUCACCAUUGAAAGCCCUGAACGGCCGUUCCAUCCUAGUUUGGGACCACUGAUUCUACGUUCAGCAGUGGUAAUGUCUAACUCGAAUCGACUCUACAAUCUCCACAAAUUCUUAUACUUAAAAUGAUCAUGUACUUACCAGUGAAUAGUUUCAAGUUGCAAAUCCUUGAGUCCUAUUGACAGGCCGUGAUCAGUGUGAGUUAUCCACAUCAGGCGAUGGAAAGGGUUUGACAGUAUAGUGGAUCGGUUGAAGCUGGACAUCGUUCGAUGGAGGCACAGUGAUAUAGGAAUUAAGUGUUUGUGUGCUAAGUGCUGGGUUCGAUUCCCGCGUACGGGACGUGGGUGCGCGCUGUUGCGGAGUACCAUGCUAUGACGGAGCUGCCGUCCAGUGCUUCCAAGUUUUCAGUGGUGGUCUAGUUAAGAUCAUUUCGUUAUUUGAACUGUGGCAAACUUCACUAGUUGUUGACCUGACAAAACUAGUUCCUUAAGCAGUCCCUGAUAUCUAUCCACUUCUGCUGCUUGCUUUCUUUGUCUAAUAUAGCUGAACCAGUGAAAAUCGCACUCGACCUACUCCUAAGUUGUUAUCAUGCUUGGAGUCUUGUGUCAUGAGUUCUUGAGAAUGCAUUGGUUCGAAAACCGUUCAAAUUCAAUCUAACGUUGGGUAAUGGGUUCUAGGACUUUCGAACACGGUAUUAGGCGAAGAAUACAGAAAGCUCAUAUCUAGGUCUGAUUAUUUAAAGUACAGGCCAUAUAUUGUGAAACCAUAAACUGGAAAAAAGUGUGUAUGUUAGAUGUAAUGUAUGUCUAAUGACCUGAAGUUUAAAAAGGAUGUGCGUGGCGCAUCCGCUGUAUAAUUUACGGUGAGCACGUAGUUGUAAAAAAUAUAUUCAGGUACUAGACCUAAGCACAGACAUAUUUGGCAAAAAAACAUUUUGUGCUGCUCUACUUUAUCGUGAAAUUAAGAUCUGUUUCACACAGGCUAGAGAAAUAAUACUUCCAGAAAUUCUUCGACACUUAAUUACAUGUAGCUUUUUAGAACAGGAAGUUUAGAAAAAUCCAUUCCUCCGAAACUUACAGGAACUUCAGGUUGAGAACAUCUGCAGUUUAGAAGGGUCUAAAGUCACACAGUUGAAAUGUGUAGUUUCGAAAACAACACUAUGAUGAUUCGUUAACAUGGAUCUAUAUUUUCGCCAUACGAACUUCAAUUAGUGAAGCCCAUCCUUUUCCGGGAGAUAGGACGACUUUUUCACGGUCUGAUCUUCCAUCACAAGUUUGAUCUCACCAGCUGUGUAAAUUCAGAUGAUGAACUUAGUAAUUCAGAUUGGGAAGUUAAACUCGCAAGUGCGAUUGACUAUUUUGGUAUGAUCAUUAGUUAAGACCUAAAAAGUGAUAUAUACAGUGGCAAUAAUAUGGAAUAUGUUGCGUAAUCGUGUAAACAGGAUAAAACCUGAAGUAUGCUGAAUGAAGCAACGGCUUUUUCUCCAAUGCAAUCACAGAUAACUGGUUAUGCCAGAGAAGCGGACUGUCACUUUACAUGAUAAGCAACAGAAAAAACGCCACUGGUCAUAUUAAAGGCGGUGAAAUUAUAGCUUAUUUGAAACCCAAGCAUAACACUUACUCGUAACUCCGAUUUACGUCAGAGAUAUUAGGGAAUAUUUAUAAGUAACAUGAACGCAUGUUCGUAGUUCUUCAUUCAUAGUUUCGUUAUGUUAAAAUGUUUGUGUUAUGUCCCGAUAAGAAUAAAGAAUGGCAACUUCUGGGAUCCAUUUAUGGACAAAUAAUAUGUACAUAUUUUUAUCGUAUAAUUGUUAAGUGACUAAACUGUUCAUAUUCAUGUCCCUCUUAUUACAAACUUUAUUUCGAUCUAUGAACUAUUAUUAUACGAUCUACCAUUCUUGAAUUAUGCCCUGUGUAUUAAUUACUACCUUCCCUAUUCACAGCCACAUUUGGCUAAUUCUUGUACUAAUGUUAUUUCCUAUUUUAUGCUACGUUGUGGUCUGUCUGGUUGGUAUGUAAACCCAGCAUGCUUGAAAUAAGUGAUUCAUAUUGCAGAGGCUGAGAUUGGUGUUCUGGAUUCAACUGGCUGGGCUAGGCAGAAAGCAGGACCAAUAAGGACUCUAGACUGGCCGUACGGGUUUUAUGCGUCACUGGUCCGGUCGAUAAUUCACUGCUCUCUAAUUGGCGUUAUCAUUACGUUAUGCAAUAAACAGGGCACACGGGUAAAAAGUUAUGACGAUUUUUUAUGCGAGAAGCACUUUACCCCAAAGGUUCGUUCUUGUACAGAAAAACACGGGUAUUUAUAGAUAUUAGCAUUUGUUAAAUCAACAUUAUAUUUUGGCCAAUCCGCUAGGAGACAUAUUGUGCUACUGACUAAUAGUAGCAUGCCACGUCGAUAUUCUAGAAGGCUCCAUUAUGUUCUGAUUGGCUGGAACUCUUCGGUUCCUUUAGGGCCUCUGGAGGCUUCGUUGUAGUUCUCGGGGACCGACGACGUCAGAAUGUCAAGUCCCCAUAGAUAUACUUGUUGAGCUAUCAACCAACAGUUAGGAAGUUAACCAGACGUAUUCGAUUUCUACAAAUGAUUAGUCAAUCACCUUUCCAACUACUCAGUCAUUCGACAUUAUUUCCGUAAUCAUCUGUGAAAUUAUAAUUACACCACUACUCCAUUAAUUAUCAUUACUGUAAUUAUACAUAUUAAAAUCCAGAACUAUGAAGAAAAACUAGUUGGAAAGAAAUGCUUCUUUGCUCUAUUCAUAUUUUACUGUGUAUUCGAAUUAGAAUUUCUACUGUUCUAACGAUUAUCUUUAAAUCCAUCCACAGUAACUUUGGCACACUGAGAGUUAGGCUAAGCUACUAACUACGCUUUACUUAAGUUUUUUUAGAUAAAUUGGAUUGUGUGUGAAUUGCGUAGAGAAAUUAGCCUGCUCAACUUCGUUUAACAAACAUUGAUACACCAUAAUCCAUUACACUUUGAAACAAGUACUUGCAGAUAGUCUCUGAAAAUAACGUCAAAAUCAUGUCUAUAUUUAGUAUUUACAAGAAACAAGGCUGUUAGAAGAAACGGUACACCUAAAAAGUUAACGAGAUAAGUCAUUCAUCAUAAAAGCUUCCACAUCAUAUGGCUCGGCAGUUAUUUGUCUUCCAGCGAAGUAGCGCUUAUUUAAUGCAUUUGCAGCAUUGUGUACUGAACACGGGUCAGAAAAUACAACAAAAAUAUUGACGAAUUCUUCAUUUGUCUCAUGAGCACUGUCUUGGUGAAUUAACACUUUUUCAACCGAUCCAUAUUUAGAACACUCUCCGGCCACUUCUCCUUCCAGUUCGUCAUCACAAUCUUCUGGACCGACCAUAUUACGU